UGCUUACAUCCCGGCAUGCCGUGGGUUAUUCAACAUGGCGACAACGACCUCUGCGGGUGGAGAUGUAGUGGAUAUUAGGCAGAAGGAAUAGACUUGGAUUCGGUGGAGUUGCUCCUGCCGCCAGGCCAGUGUGGAAAAAGGUUUCCCGUCUCAAGAUGUGGGAGGAGGCGGGGAAUUCCGUGACCUUGUUGUGCCUUACGGCUAGUAGUGGAGUUCCCUUAUACUGUAGGAGCCGGGGUGGGCCUACCAAGCAGCAGUUACCCUUUUCUGUAAUUGGCUCCCUGAAUGGGGUUCAUAUGUUUGGCUCCAAUUUAGAUGUCCAGCUGAUAGCAGCCCGUACAGAGAAAACUCACGUGGUGUGGAAAGUGUUUCACAACAGCAUCACCCUCAUUGUCCUAUCCUCAGAAAAAGAUGCCAGUGACUUCAGUCUUGGAAGGCUUCUUGAGAAUGUUUUCAGUGCCAUGGUGCUAAUAUUGGGCCUGGAGGAACUAAUAAAUGUUCACAACAUUGAACGUCUCAAAAAGGAUCUAAAGACAUGUUAUAAACUGAUCGACAGUUUCCUGGAGCCAGGCAACAGCUGUGCUGAUCUGACUCAGUGUGUGGAAUGCACUGUGAUGCCCUCCAGAGCAAUUCUGCAGGAAUGCUUAGAAGCCUUUGCCUCUGCGGCAGAAUCCCGGUUUGGUUGCCUGCUUGUGGGUGGUCAUGUCCUGUGUGCAACUGAACAGUGGUGGCAGCUUGCAGCCCCAGAGGCCAUGCUGCUGGUGUGGCUGGUACGCUCCCUUCCUCCACACACUUCCCGCGAUCUGCCUGUUUACCUUCCCCAAGGCAGUCCCACGGUUCCCCACCGUUUUCUGACUUUGCAGCUUGUGCCUGAUUUGGAAGUAGUGUUGCUCUGUGGGCCUAAUCCCUCCUUACAAUGCCUGGCUGAUGAACUAGUGAAGCAGUUUUGGCAACCACUGCUGGAUCUGCUGAAAGCAAGUGCCAGAGGACCUGCUAGAUGUCUACCUCCUGGCAUUGUGCUUUCUCCUGGUAUCCUGGGGCUGCUGCUAAUUAAUCAAGGCCAAAGGAAAAGCCUCUUUACAGUGCAUCCUCAUGGAGCUUCAACUGAAGGACCCGAAAUGUCCACGAAGAAUCGGCUCUGUGCCCUCCGUUCUUUCUAUGCUUUAGCUACUUCCUUAUACUUCCCUUAUGAGAAGCAAGAAGAAAACACAGUGCCUCUGCAGGAAGACUUCCAUGCUGGCUUCUCCCAUUGUCCUCAGCACUGUUAUACGGUCUACACUACGCACAAAGCCUAUGCUAUCCAUGGGAGACAGCACCAGCUCUUCCUAAUCUUGAAGUCAGAUGUACCUACCUUUGCUUUGCGAUCCUUGGCAACCUGCACACUACAGGCUCUCACAGCUGAGGAUUCGGCCUUUUGAGUUGAUCUUGCUGAACUCUGUGAUGAAAUCCGUGGUGGUGAGCUAGAGCCCCUCAGUGUGGUUAGAAUGACAUUUUUUCAACCAAAUUUUAUGGCGAAAUUUUCUCUGUGCAAACAAUGAUUAGGCUGCAGAGGAGGAGUCUGAAUUUGUGGAAGCACUUUCAGAAAUAGGAGAAACGUAAUAAUUCAAUGCAAUUCCAUUCUACUUCCAUUCUCUUAUAUAAGUAGCAGGUAGUAGGACUAACAAUGGCUGUAAGUGAUGACUAGUUUUGUCUUUGGUCUCUACUCUCCAUAUGUUUAAUAACAACAUUGGUAAGAAUUUUGUCUCCCAUAACUGUCUACGCAUUAUGCACUAACAAAGGUGCUUGGACCAGUUUUAGCCACAGCCAUAAUGUGUACAUAGAAUUCAGCAGUUAAUCUUGAACUGCACUGUGACAGAGUUAGAGAUAUUGAACCAAACUUUCUGUUUAAAUACAUUUCAGCAUAGGAACUACCUCUCAUGCAUUCACCAUGAAGGUGCAGUGUGUGUGUGUAUCAGUGGGGGGUGGGGGGAAGAGAUUUGAUGUUAACUGAAAUUGGUAACACCCUCCUCAUUUACAGCCAGCUGUUUAUAACACUAUGCAUUUGCUUCUGUCAUUCUUUCAUUAGAACAUGCAAGGAACAAAAACCCUUGAUCACAUAUGAGUAUUUUUUUUCAUUACUUUGUAACCGAAAGUGUAUUGAGUAGGGCCAUUUCAGUCUACAUACCUUGAAAUGUUCUCUUGAGUUUUGAGGGAGUUAAGCCAACCAAGUCAGGAGUCCAAAUGCACAAGAGAGACUCUCAUUUGCAUCAUCCCUUCUAUAUCUUGGACACUGAAGUGUGUCGGGGGGAGGGGGGAAGUCACCACAGUGAAGGGUACUUUCUUUUUCAAGGACCUUCGUCAUGAGGAAGACACUUACCUGUUUAUGUUGGCCUUAGCUGUUGGAGAUCUCAGAGGGAAAGUAAUGAGAAAGUGAAGUUUUGCAAAGACUGUGCUUUCUACACCUAGGCAGGAACAUAACUGGAAAGACCAGAGUGCUGUCUUCUACUCUCUUAAUUGUUACACUUUUUAAAACUGUAUCUACUGGUGGGAGUGAGAAAAGCACCAGACUUUUCAAAAUGCCUUCCUUCACUACAGGUAGACCUCACGGCAGUAAUUGGGAUUGGAAUUUCUGUCGCUAAGUGUCAUGGUUGUACAGUACAACGUUACAUGACUGCACCACGUAGCAACAGAAAUUCCAACACAUCCGGUUGCCAUUGUUAAGCGAAUCCUAUGCCAU